AUGGAAAAUUUGAAAACGGAUAAAUUGGGCAGAAAAUGUACUGAGGAGGACUUGAAACGAAUGAAUGAUGGAGACUGGUGGUUGAGCACAUUCAUACGAGCGCAUAAUUAUGAUGUGGACAUUACGUAUGCUGUGGUUGCUGAAUGCAUACAGUGGAGAAGGAAUUUUCAAGUGGAAAAUAUUAGCAUACUAGGUAUGAAACCAUUGCUUGACCGACGUGUAGCGUAUCUGCAUGGAAAGGAUCUAGCCGAUUACUCCAUUCGUGAGUUUUUGAACAUGCUUUUUGAAAAGGAGGAUCUUGAAGUA